AUGGCGAAGAUAGCUAUCAUUGGCGCAGGCACUAUCGGACUAUCAUUUGCGGCUCUGCACCUCGCGAAGGAUCCCGGGUGUUCGGUGGCGAUUUACGAUACUCGAACAGAUCUCCAAGAAUACGUCUCCCAGCAUUUGCCCGGAUACCUGGUUGAUGCGGAUGAGAUAUCUUGCAUACGUCGAUUGUCCUUCUCGCAGAGUCUGAAGAGCGCAGUUGAGGACGCGGCGGUCGUUCAAGAGCAAGGUCCCGAGAAUGGAGAUUUCAAGAGAUCGAUAUGGCCACAAAUUGAACAGCAUGCCCCGGCAGACGCUCUGUUCUGGUCAAGCACGUCGGGCAUACCAGCAAGUGAGCAGAAUCAGGAUAUGAAGGAUAGGUCCAGACUGGUGGUUUGCCAUCCUUAUAACCCACCACAUAUCAUGCCUUUACUCGAAGUCGUGCGAUCACCUCAGACAUCUGAUGAUGUAGUGGAGAGAACAUUGCAAUACUGGCGAGGCUUAGGCAGGACUCCGGUGGUGGUGAAGAAAGAGUGCGUCGGCUUCGUCGCCAACCGAUUGGCUUUUGCACUGUUCAGAGAGGCAUGUAGUCUGGUCUCACAAGGUGUGGUUGAAGUAGAAGAUCUGGACGAGAUUGUGAGAGCUUCAAUGGGACCGAGAUGGACAGUAGCAGGCCCUUUCAAGGCAUAUCAUGCUGGUGGAGGGCAAGGAGGCCUGCGAAGCUUCUUGGACAAGAUCGGAGGCACGGUUGACAGCUGCUGGAAUGCGAGCGAUGAAGAUUUGCGGCAAGGGAAGAUCAAGAUUGGUGAAGCUUGGCAAGAAAGUAUAUGUCGACAGGCACAGGAUGUCUAUGGCGUUGCAGACACUGCUGAGCGAGAUCAGAAGACUAGACGUGUUCUUGAAGCAGUGAAUGAAUAG